AUGAAGCGAUUCCUCAAAGCGUUGGUCAGCAAACUUGACGUCAGUCCUUCCUUUACACACAUAUCAGCUGUUGCCUAUAGCAACAAUCCCGAGGUGGUGUAUCGGUUUAACAACCGCCAAGCAACAGAUGACGUCAACAACGCGUUUGACGGUAUGCGUUGGCAGCGCGGCUUUACUUACACGGACAAAGCUCUUUUGCUUGCGGACAGUGAUUUGUACAGGCCUUCCAACGGCAUGAGACCAAACGUUGCAAAGGUAAGAGCUUUCCUCCAACAGAAACUGUAAGUAGGCAAUGUUCCUUGACUAUAGGUUUCUUUUUUGCAAUGGUCACUUGCUAAUAUUUCUUAUGUUGAUCUAUGGGCGUGGGAUAGUAACAGCCUAUAAUCUACGCCACCUCCUUUUAUUUAGAUCUCCUUGAUUCUUUGUCCGUCAGGUUUUGAUCGUCAUCACUGAUGGAGCACAGACAACAACCAAAGCAUACACUCCGCUGCCAAAAGCAUCUGAAGGUGUAAAGAACAAAGGAGUAGCAGUCUAUGCUAUUGGAGUUGGCAAGGGAGUAAACGAGGCAGAGCUUAGAGAAAUUGCAUCCAGCCAAGAUAAUGUCUUUGUAUCAGCCUCUUUCAAGGAACUCCAUAACCUUGCAGUAGAAAUACGGAAGAGACUCUGCGACUGUAAGUCUUGCUAUUUUUUACUGAGUAUAUUUGGACAAUCGCUGAUAAAAAGACUUUUAAGCCUCUUUGCAAGUAAUCAACGAAAUACAAUUGUAGCUUUGUGACUUCUUUUUCUAGCCCUGUUAUUUCCUUUAUUUCUCUUUUAGUACUGCCUCCAUUAACAACACCGACACCACUGCCAACGCCUGCACGUAAGUAAACUCAAACGGCAAACAUGUCAUUUAACAAUGAAACCUGGUAGGUCUUGUGUCUUUCUAUUUUUUCAUGCUACUCUUGAUGUUUAUCUCUUCUACUCCAUCAGCGUGCAAGGCCACGGCGGAUGUAGCAUUUAUCGUGGACUCAUCGGGAAGUAUUGGUCGUCGAAGAUGGCCGCUGAUGUUGAAUUUCUUGAAGAACAUCAUUAGUGCCUUCAAUGUUGGUCCAGAUGGUACCCAUGUAGCAGUAAUCGCCUACAGUAACGAUGCCAAGCUUGAAAUAGCCUUCGACUCCGUGUCCAGGGCGCAGAUUACUGCCGAAGAAUAUGGAAAGCGGAUCGAUAAGAUCGCAUUUCAGAGAGGCUUUACAUACAUCGACAAAGGCUUAAAAAUGGCAGAUGAACAAGUGUUUGUAACAAGCGCAGGAAUGAGGCCCAACGUACCACAGGUAUUUAAGCACUGCUUCUUCCAUAAAAGACUUACAACAAAAUUGCAUACCGCUCUAGACAUCUCUAUUACUCACAUUCGAUGGUACUGC